GAGUGAUACCGUAAUGUGUCCAUCUAAACAUAAUGACGCAAGAGCGAUCCGAAAUUCGCAUCUCAGGACGAAUAAGAGGCUUAAAUGGGCGUGUCAGGUCUGGACAAAAUGCUCAAAACCUGGCUUGUUAUAACCUGUUAACUUUUGUGCCUAUUUUCCUUUACGAGCAAUUUACUCAAUUGCCAAAUUUGUACUUCUUGUUGAUCGCUGGGCUUCAGCAGAUUCCCGAUAUUUCUCCAACAGGAAGAUGGGGAACAAUUGGAACACUUUCCAUUUUGUUGGGACUGACCUUCAUCCGAGAUGUCAUCGAAGAUCUCCGACGAAGAGCGACCGAUGUCAAAAUCAAUAACAGGAGAACAUUCGUUUUCUCCCAGGACCAUUUUCAGUGCACCAAGUGGAAGGAUGUUAUAGUUGGGGACAUUCUCGAGAUCGUCAAGGACGACAUUGUUCCUGCCGAUUGCAUUUUGUUGACUUCAAGCGAACCAUUGGGUAUUUCCUAUAUCGACACGGCUCAUUUGGACGGUGAGUCCAACCUGAAAGUGCGACAAGCUUUAUUCGGUGUCUCGUAUUUGGUCACAAACGAAGACGUGUGCGACUUCAAUUGUACCAUUGAAUUGGAACCACAAACGAAAGAUUUGAACGAAUUUCGUGCUAUUUUGAGGCACCAAAACAAGAUCUAUCAGAUUGGGCUCGGGCAGUUCUUACCUAGGGGAGUUACCUUGAGGAAUACAGAUUGGGUCCUAGGUAUUGUCAUUGCAACUGGUUAUGAAACCAAACAGUUGAUGAAUGCCAAGAUUUCCAAUCCUACUAAAGUAUCUCAAUUCGAUGCCAAAGUGAGCAAAAUCAUUGGAGCGCUCCUUUUGGGAUUGAUUUUGCUUUGCUUGAUUUGUGCCACCAUUCACACUUUAGAUGUUUGCAGAAAUCCCGCACUCUCUUACACCGAUGCCGAUGAUGUUUUGUGCGAUCCUUCGUGGUUUUUAUUCUUCUCCAGUUUCUUGAGACUCUUGAUACUUUUUCAUAACGUGGUUCCUGUGUCACUUUUGGCCACGGUCCAAAUCAUCCGAUUGAUCCAGUCUUAUCACAUCAAAAAUGAUGUGGAAAUCUUCUCCGAAGCUUACAACAAAGGAGCAACAGUUCAGAACUCCCAAUUGAACGAGAUGCUGGGACAAGUUCAAUACAUUUUUUCGGACAAAACUGGCACCAUCACCAAGAACAAACUGAAAUUUAAGAAAUGUUCCAUUGGUGGAAUGGUCCUGGAGCCUUCAGUGGACGCCAAGGGGCUUUUGUCACUCCUGAAAGGGUGUCAAUGUUCAAGAAGCUCUUCUAGAACGUGUUCAGUUGAUUGUCAACAAAUCAGAGACAUGUUUCAAGCCAUGGUCCUUUGUCACACAGUUAUUCCCCAAAAGAAUGAAAAAGGCCAAGAAUUCUUCGUGGGAUCCCCAGAUGAAAAAGCGAUACUUCAGGGUUGUGCUGAUUUUGGAAUCAGCAAAUUUGUGGGCAGAGACCCAGCCAACAACGCUUUCAUUUCGUAUCGCGGUCAGAGGUUUAAAUACAGUGUGCUAUACGUGCUCGAAUAUACCAGUGAACGAAAAAUGAUGUCCACGAUCCUGAAAACUGAAGACGGACAGAUACUAAUGUAUUCAAAAGGAGCCGAUUCUGCUAUUUUAUCCCUGCUGAAAGUGCCUCCAGAUCCAAUGCAUAUCAUAGAUUUAGAGCACUUUGCAGGGGACGGCCUGAGGACAAUGUGUUACGCUUAUAAACUCUUAGAACCACAUUUCUUCCACAUGUGGGAGAACAAGUGGUUACAAGCAAUCAGUCAAAUCACCCAAAGAUCACAGAAGGUUACUGAAGCCCUUGGUGCAAUAGAAACUGAGCUGGAGUUCCUUGGGAUCACUGGUGUUGAAGACGAGCUUCAAGACGAGGCUAAGUCGUCCAUCCAGAAGCUAUUAAAAGCCAACAUAAAUAUUUGGAUUUUAUCCGGGGAUCGACAAGAAAAUGCUGUUAGCACGGCCAAGAGAGCUGGACUAAUCCACGAUCAUAUUCCAUUGAUUUUGAUCCCUGACUGCGAUUUAGACGAGGCAAGAGACAUUGCGUGUGACCAUGUGGCAAAAUUCCGUGAAGAGAACCUGGCCUCAAAAUGUCAUGCUCUGGUCCUUGUAGUAGCUGGUCGAUCUAUUGGCCAUUGUCACGACUGUCCCAAGCUCAAGAACCACCUUCUAGAAUUAUGCAUGUGCUCCACAACCGUGAUCUGUUACCGUGUAGACCCAAAGCAGAAAGCUGACCUCAUUCAGAUGAUCCAAAAGAAGUCUGGAAAGGUCACUUUAGCCAUUGGAGACGGCUCAAACGACGUCCCAAUGCUCCAGACAGCUCACAUUGGAAUCGGUAUAUCGGGAAUCCCCGACGAACACAUUCAAUUUCAUGGGAGUGAGGCUGCUUCAGUGGCCGAUUACGCCAUUGCCGAAUUCAGAGGUUUGCCAAAACUGGUUCUUUCUCAUGGCGCUCAGAACUCGCUCAGGGUCGCCAAUAUGGUCUGCUUCUUUUUCUACAAAAGUGUUACCUUCCACCUCAUUCAGUUGUGGUUUCUACUGUUCUCCAAAUGGUCCGGUCAACCAGUAUUCGAUCGUUUCACAACCAGUUUGCACAACUUGGCCUUUACUUUCUUGCCACCCUUUGCUUUGACUUUAAUGGACCAAUAUGACGGAGGCCCUUGGAGUACUCAAAGUGAAUGGAACCUUCAUUCGUUCAGUUCAUCCCAGAGAGGGAAACAUUUUGAUACUAAGGCACUUCUUACUUGGGGAUUAUCUUCAUUGUUUCACUCAUCGAUUAUUUUCCUCAUUCCAUGGAGCACUUCACAAGAAAUCGAUUAUUUCUCCUUUGAACAAAGCAUCUAUACUUUGCUCAUUUUUACUAUCUCAGGCAAGUCCUUACUGGCCUCGAAUAAUCUCAAUCUGGCUGGUAUUGUUUUUUGUUUCCUGGGAAUCGCCUUUUGGGCGCUAUUCACAAGUUUGUCUGGUUAUGUUUGUGUUCCAAACCUCUACUGUCAAUUGUUUGGAGUGCUUCAAUUCAAUGCAAAUAGGACUAUAUUUUGGACCCUAGCAUUGGUGGUUCCAAUCUUUGCCUUGCUACCUGAUUUCAUCGCCAAAGCCUUCAGCCGUCAUCGAUUUGAAAGGGAGCUACCGUCAUCCGAUUUCGAAGAAGAUCGCCAAACUCUCAUUUCACUCUCGGAAUCGUUACCACGGAUUCGUUCUAGAAUCCAAUUGAAGAACCUGGCUCGUGGCUUUGCCUUCUCGGAGAACGAGCCCAAGUCUGUGCGAGAAUCAGAAUGUUUUGUGGCUUACAGUCGAUCAUUCAACCGACCCAAAUCCUGACGACUGUCGACGUCGUCGGUCAGAACAAGAAAGUCCUUAGGGUGACCUUUUUUGCAAUCAACUGAACCCGAGGUAAUCUAAAUAUUUAGGCCAUUAACGCGUUAAAGACCAUGUUACUUGAUAUUGAUAAAAUACUGAGUUAGGUCUUUCAUGCCACGUUGAAAGUGUAUUAAUGAUUAUGAUUCAAUGGUAUGAGUUCAAACAAAGAAAGAUGAUGCUUGUCAAAUGGAGAUGUUAUGUUUUUUUUUUGUUCGUGAGCAAUCGUAUCAUAUAUGACUUUAGGUAAGAUAUUUCGUGCCUUAAGAAAAUCAAGUUGAUCACAAUAAGAAUAUAGUAAUAAUGAUUUGAGAUCUAUGGAGUGGAGGUACGUACUGAGACUAAACCCUACGCAUUCUGAGGAUAAUUGAACGAACCAUUCGGCAGGCGAGCUUUUCAACCACUCGUACCUCUGAGUUAAGCCUUGAACGCAAUUUCGUCCAGCAUGUUGUUGUAGCCACCAGAGCAAUUAACGUUGUGGAUUUGGUCUUUUCCAAUGAUCCUGAUCUGAUCCAGUAUGUCCAUGUGACACCUAGUAAUCUGUCAGAUCAUCAUGUUCUUGAGAUAGGGUCGACCAUAACUCAAAAGCAGGCGUGCUCUAGAGUAAAACCGGCCGAAAAGGUCGGUCUGUACACGAACUAAAGCAUCGUCAUGAGAGAACCACACCCUGAUCCCAAAGAGGGACUCUAUGCUCCAACAUGUUGCUUGAGACUUGGAACUGGCGCCGUUAGCGCAUGCUCUUCUCUGCAAAUAAAGCCAUGUUUAUCUAUGAAUA